AUGAUCGUGCAGGAUCUGUGGAGAGCGAAGCUGAGCUGGGACGAGAUCCUCCCACAGGCGUGGCAAGACAAAUGGUCCGCAUUCCGCUCCACGAUCCUCGCGGACACCGAGAUCGACAUCCCCCGAUGGAUCGGGUUCGCACCCGACAAGAACCUCCAGCUCCACGCGUUCGCCGACGCCAGCCGCCGCGCCCUAGCCGCCGCAGUCUACUCGCGGGUCACCGACAAGGACGGAAGCGUCACCACCGCCCUACUCAACGCUCGGACAAAGCUCUCCUCCAUCAAGAGCCUCCAGCCAGCGUCAACCGGUCGCCUGCGCAUGACAAUCCCGCAACUGGAACUGCGCGCGGCUCUCAUCGCCUCGCAGCUUCUCACCACUACCGCCUCCGCCCUCAAGGUCCCGAUCUCGGCCUGCCACCUUUGGAGCGACUCUCGCGUCGCACUGCAUUGGCUGCAGUCCGACGAUCCGGUGGGGAACGACCUCGUGGACAACUACAUCGCUCACGUCCAGGAAUUGAUUGCCGGAGCAACCCUUCACCACGUGCCCACCACCGACAAUCCCGCGGACAUCGCCUCUAGGGGGGUCGGUUUGGACGCCCUCAAGGACCACCGCCUCUGGUGGACCGGGCCGAAGUGGCUGUCCAGCCCCGAAUCCGCCUGGCCCCAGACCGCCCUUGUCGACGACCCACCGUCUACAGGCCCGGGCGACACCACCACGGCCUGCCUGGUCUCGCUCGCUCAUCGUCGAAGACCUGCCGCCGCGGAGGACCAAGCCCGGAACCACCUCGAGAAUUUCUCCACGCUGGGGAAUCUCCUCCGCGGCACCGUGAGGGCCCACCGGCUGCUGACCGGGUCAACGCCCAACUCGCCCAGACCUUUGGGGCCCGUCCGAGCUGCUGACCUCCGCUGGGCCUUUCUCACCUGCGCCCGCCUCUCGCAACGUCAAACCUUCGCGGAUGAAAUCAAGCUUCUCCAAGGACCCGCGCCACGGCUCCAGGCCUCACUCAGAGCGCUGGAACCCUUCCUAGACGAAGACGGACUCCUGAGAGUGGGCGGACGCCUCUCACAAUCUCCACUGCCCUACGACGAGCGCCACCCUGUCCUCCUGGACGGACGCUCGCACCUGGCAAAGCUCGUCCUCCGAUGGGCCCACGCUCGCAGUCUGCAUGGAGGCUUUCGCUCUACCUACGCGAGAGUCCUGCAGAAGGCGUGGAUCACCGGCGGCAAGUCGCGCGUCAAGCGCCACCUUCGUCAGUGCCUGAUCUGUGCCCGGAUCUCCGCAAGGACCGCCGCCCAAGGGAUGGCCCCUCUCCCCGCGGUCAGGGUGACCCCCUCGUGGCCCUUCAGUCACUGCGGCGUAGACUAUGCCGGCCCAUUUCCACUCUGCCGAAGCCGCGGACGGGGACUCCCUACCAUCAAGGGAUACGUGGCGCUUUUCGUGUGUAUGAGCACGAAAGCGAUCCACCUGGAGCUCGUCGGUGAUCUGACGACGGCCAGCUUCCUCGGAGCCCUCACCCGAUUCAUCGGGAGGAGAGGACGCCCAAACGAGAUCUGGAGCGACAAUGGCACCAACUUCCGCGGUGCCAGCCUGGAGCUUCGACGACUGCUGCAGGAGGCCGAAAUCGACUGGGGGCUAGUCGAAGGGAAGCUGGCACAGGACGGUGUCUCGUGGAGGUUCAUCCCCCCCGCUGCCCCUCACUUCGGCGGACUCUGGGAGGCCGGCGUUAAGAGCAUGAAGGCCCACCUUCACCGCAUUGCCGCUCCCAGAAUGCUCACCUACGAGGAGUUUACCACGCUCCUCGUCUCCAUCGAGGCCACCCUGAACAGCCGACCGCUCGCGCCGCCCACCGGAGACCUCGAUGAUCUGGACGCUCUGACACCGAGCCACUUUCUCCUCGGAAUCUCUGCCACCUCAAUUUCGCAGCCGCUUCCCGCAACCACCAACCUGGAGAGCACACAGCACUGGGAGCUCGUCCGAGCCAUGCGCGAGCUGUUCUGGUACCGCUGGGGCCGCGAGUACCUGAAUACCCUGCGCCAGCGCCCCAAGUGGAGGACGAUUCGACCCAACCUCCAGGUCGACGACCUUGUGGUCAUAACCGACCCGACUCUUCUGCGCCCAGAUGGGCGAUGA